ACUUAACAGUGGACUGCUAUGUGAGAAAUAUCCCCUAAAAGGCACAAAUUCGAACUAAAAAGCUUUCGCAAAUUACAUCACACGCUGUUCACGCUCUCACACAGUCAGCUGUUCGCCGCACUCACAAAAUGCCCAAACACGAAGCGCUGUGCGGCCGACUGGUUAAGCACUUCGGCUGCAUUCGUUAAGUUGCGAGCGGCGCACGAACGAGCAAAGGGCGACAGCAUUGGCGACCGCGGCCCACAGCCGGCGACUGCGACAGGCAGAGGACGACAGCUUCCUGCUGCUGCUGCUUCAGUUACGUUGAUAAUGUCAAAACGUUUGGUUCGCUGUGCUGCUGCUGCUGCCAGUGCUGCUGCUGCUGCCGCCGCUGAUGCUGCUGCUGCUGCCGCUGUCAACGACGCUGCCACGCAAGGACAACAACAAGAAGAGAACAACAACAACGCCAACGAAAUAUGUUGCACAGGGCGCGUCUGGUGCAUAAAUAAAUAAGAAUUAGCGGACGACAACAAUUAAUAAACAAUACAAAGUAAAAAUAAAAAAUAAAAAAUACAGUUGCAUUUGCCAAAGGCAACAAAUCAAACAAAAACAACCAACAAACAGCUUCAAAUGCAGCCAAUGGCAAUGUGUCAGGAAUUGUGAGAAUUAAUAUUUCACUAGAGAUUUGUGCGUUUUGGUAACAAACAACGUAAAACUUUUGUUCGGCUUUUACAAUAUUUUAUGCUCUUUACAUUAUUUUUGGGUAGGGGCCGAACACUGUUUUCUCUGCUUCGCUUUUUUUUGCGUUGCGCGUAAAAUUAUAAAAAAUAUGUGAAAAAUGCGCAACAACAACAACAAAGAGAGAAAUAACAAUAACAACUUUUGGGCAUUCACGUAGGAUAGCACGGUCCGGUUUCGGUCUCGGUCUCGGUCUCGGUCUCGGUCUCGGUCUCGCAUUUGAUACCGGUUCAAGUCUCAGUCUCACAGUCGGUCACAAAGUUCAAAUCCCACGUCGACGACGACGCCGUGUGUGUGUGUGUGUGUGCGGAAUGUGUGUGUUUUUACACAGGACUGCAACCGGCGAGCGUUGUGUAACACUGUAACGUGCUAAAUUUAUUAAUUUAGACUGCAAAUAAUCAAAGGCAACAACAACAAUAAUGCAAACAAUUUGUUAGGCCCCAAAGCUGGUUUCGCAGACUUAAAAUAAAAGGCAGCCAGACGAUAUUGGCCAGCAAAGUGGCUCAAAUACAAUUGACAUUUAUUGGCCAAUAUAUAUUUAAGGCGUCCGCCCAAAGGAAGUGCCUGCUACGCCAGACAGCAACGCAAAGCGAGACACAUAUAGAAAGAGAAAGAGAGAGAGAGAGGGAAACUAAAAAAUAUAUAUAUAAUAAAAACUAGGUUUAUAGUAUAUCUUGAUGUUGUCAAUGCUGCACAAGAACUGGCUGCAUUCUGCGCGCAUGCAAAUGCUAGGCAGGACGACGAACAGGACAAGCAACAGCACAAUGUCAUCCUGUGGACAACGUGGGCGUGCCCAGACAGCAGCAGGCAUUGGCUGUCUAUGCUGGAUGGCAUUGCUAUUGCUGCUGUUGUUCGUGCCGGAUUUUAUUGUGGCGCUCAAGGAUGUUUCGGUUAGGAUACCACAGGCUGUUAAACGCGGCAGCAAUGCCUUGUUCACCUGUAAUUAUGAUAUGGAAAACGAUACGCUAUAUUCGGUGAAAUGGUAUAAAGGCAAACGUGAGUUUUAUCGCUAUACGCCAAAAGAGAAUCCCGCAAUGAAAGUGUUUGCCAUGACAAGUGGCCUUAAUGUCGAGCGUAACCUGUCGAAUCAAAGUCAUGUCGUGCUGCAGUCGGUGCCGCUGAAUAUUUCGGGCAAAUUUACAUGCGAAAUAUCUGUGGAGGCGCCCACUUUUCAAACGGCGAUGGUCUCUGGCGAAAUGGAGGUGGUGGAGUUACCGGAAGAGCACACAGUGGUUACCGGGAUACAGGCACGUUAUCGCAUUGGCGAUUUGGUCGACGGCAAUUGCUCAAUUAAAUACUCGAAACCGGCUGCUAAUUUGACAUGGACUAUUAAUGGUAUUGUGGUGCCGCCGCAUCAUAUCAAGACCUAUCAGAUUGAGAAACAAGCGAAUAGCACUCUGGAAUCGGUGACAAGUGCCAUUCACUUUAUGGUAACCACACAGCAUUUUCUCAAGGGUCAGAUGAGGCUCAAAUGCACGGCCAACAUAUUUGAUAUAUUCAAAGAGGAAAUCGAAAGCAUUAUCGAAGAAGAUCGACCCAGAAUAAUGGCAUCCGGCAGAUCGUACGAUAUCAAUAAUUAUCCCCUGGACGAGCAUGGCAAUGGGCAUGGCGAUCGAGAACGUGGAGGCUAUGAGGAUCACAAUGAAUCGUAUUUGACGCACUUGGCGCCGGAUAACAGCGCGUCGGGCGCUUCGAGCGCUGCUCACGAAAUCUUCUGGCGCGUUUGGCCAUUCAAGCUUAUGGAGGCGCUGCCAUUUCAGCACAUAACAAAGCUUCACACACACAUCAACAGGCAGCUUUCAAAGUGGGCGUGGCACUCUGCUAGAUGCGCCACAUGGCUUAGCGCAGCGAACGGAAUUGCGACGGCGACUGCAUUCGCACUGCCCCUCUGCCUGUGGGUGGGCCAUCAAAUUAACAACUGUCAAUACGCCAGCGACAAAGCAGCGACGCAACAGUCGGCCAGCGACGGUGGCGACGGCGGCGACGGCGGCGACAGCUGCGACGGCGGCGUUGCGCGUGUUGUCAAUGUGACAAUGUCAAAGGCAGCGUCGAAUGAGAGCGACAAAUGCUUUUAUAAUUGUCAAAUGGCAUUGGCAACACUUUCGGGCUGUCUGCAACGGAAUGACGAUAAAGAUGAUGAUGUUGAUGAUGAUGGCGAUGAUGAUGAUGACGAUGCUGGGAAUAUGGCAAGUGCUGCCGAGUCAGGCGUUGAUUUAACUGCUGCAGCAGCAGCAGCAGCAGCAGCAGUGGAAGCAGUGGAAGCACUAAAGCGCCAACAUCAACAGCUGUCAGCGACACUUGGCAAAGUGGGCGCGGCCGCGCUGCCGGAUCAACGAUUAUUGAUGACUUGGCCGACGCUGGCUGCGGCAGCGGCAGCGAUAGCGACCUGCUGAUGCUGAAUUAAUGAUGAAAUGCAUUCCGGAAAGUAGCUUAAGGUGCUGCACAUUUCUCUUAACCAACACGCCAUAUUUGUUUUUUUCUCUUAUUUGUUUUCAUGCGAGUAGUAGCGCAAUAAUUAACGCCAGAAGCAGAAGCAGAAAUAAACAAAAAUUAAUAAAUAUUUGCGCAGCAGUACGCCUUGGCACAAACAUACUUAAGAGUGGCAAAAGCCCGGUUUGGGCUUCAGGCCGGAUGACGUGGGGGUAGAGCAAGCAAAGAGAAGCUUAAAUAAUAUUAAAGAGGCAAAUUGUAAUAUGAUAAGGCAAAGAGAAAUGUAAUAAACGUAAUUCAAGUAAAUAUUAUAAUUAUAAAAAA